AUGGGAAAGAAGCAAGUGUGUCCACCCCGUGUUCUUCCACCAGUACCAAGUGGAAACCAAGAUGAAAUUCCUCUUGGUCGCCAAAAAAAGAAAAAGGCCAAAGGAAAAAACUCAUUAGAGCAUCUCGCUUGCUUGGAACUAGACAAUGGCAUUGUUCAAGCAGCUGUUCGCCAGACAUCUGAAAGCAGUGAACCUCUAACACCUGAGGUACAAGAUGUUCCACCUCAGAGGAAACGUAAGAAAAAGAGAGUGCCUCCAGAAUCCGAGACAUCUUUCAACGAGCAGAAUGGAAAUGGCAUGGAUCCUUCACCAGCUGAAGAGACGGUGACUCGUAAACAACGAAAAAGAGGAAAAAAAACUCGGCCAGCAGAAAGUUCCAAUGAACUGGGUGUGGAGGAAGAAGAUAUAAUUGAAGAUGAGCAAGUAAAGGGCUCAGAACAGCAUUCUGUGUUUUCUGUUCCAACUGGUGUUAGCCAACCUAUUAGCAAGGUGUUUGUUGAAAAAAAUCGACGUUUUCAGGCAGCUGACCGCAAAGAUUUAAUUAAAACUACGGAAAACAUUGAUGUUUUUAUGGAUAUGAAGGCUUCUUGGACCACCAAGGAUGUGGCACUCUCAGUUCACCGUGGUUUUAGGGUGAUUGGACUCUUUACUCAUGGCUUCCUUGCCGGCUAUGCUGUCUGGAACAUCAUAGUGAUUUAUGUUCUGGCAGGAAACCAGCUGUCAACUAUCUCAAAUUUGCUGCAACAAUACAAGACUUUGGCAUAUCCUGCUCAGUGUCUGCUUUACCUUCUGCUUACAAUUAGCACCGUUUCAGCAUUUGACAGGAUUGACUUGGCUAAGGCAUCAGUAGCAGUACGGGGCUUUCUUACCUUGGACCCAGCAGCAAUUGCCUCUUUCAUGUACUUUGCUGCUCUUGUCUUGUCUCUGAGCCAGCAAAUGACAAGUGAUAGAAUCAACCUUUACACACCGCCUUCUGAGAACGGUAGCCUCUGGCCCCAAGGUGCAGAGGAACAGAUUCUUCAGCCCUGGAUUGUGGUUAAUCUAGUGAUAGCUCUUCUCGUUGGGAUCUCCUGGCUCUUCUUAUCAUACCGGCCCCAGUUAGAUCACAGUGAAGAAUUGAUGUUUAAUGCUGAAGUGGAAGAAUAUCCCCCAUUAGAUAAAGAAGCCAAACUAUCUUCAUGAUACAGAGAACCUCUUCAUUACUAUAGUUGUAAUGGCUUAGUGUUACCUAUUUGUACUUGUAUAUAAUUUUGUAUUUAAAAUGUAUUUUUACAUUGAAUGUUUGUUUUGCAUGAAUAUAAUUAUGCUAUUUUUAAAUGUCCAUAGUCAGGUAAUGCAAUGUAAAAAUCGAUUAUUUUUUCUAUGAAUCAUCAGAAAUCACUCUAAAAGUCUAGUUUUAAUGUAACUACCAGUUAUAGCAAAGGAAGGAAGACAAAUGGAAUGGGCACAUCAAAAGCAUUCUUUGUAGCAUAUUUCUUCAUCCUUAAUAAUUUGGACUUUGAUGUUCAUGUGUUACAGAAUUGAGUGCGUAUUAUAUCCAAAAUAUCAGAGCAGUGUUAAUGCCAAUUUUUUGUCAAUUCGCUAAUUCUUUAUUACAGUCAACAGACCAAUAAAACAUGUAAAAGCAUAUAAUAAAUAUUGUCUUUAAAGAAUUAAAUCAGGUUUCAGAAGACAACUUUAAAACAUUAGAAUUUCAGUAACAUAAAGAACUUUGGCUGAAACGUUUGUAAAAUGUAUUUUAUAAUCUCUAUAUAAGUGGAUGAGAGAGAGAGAGAGAGAGAAUGCAAGUUAAUUGUUUCAUGUCAUGGUUUCAUAUUCUGGUUAAAUGUGCACUUCAGUUUCAUUUGUUUGGUGGGUUUCCCUGUGAUGCAGUGUACUUAUUGGCUCAGUUCAAACAUGUUAGUAAACGCAGUGUGAAAACUCCACUCAAAGGUUGUGUUUUUAGGGGGUAUUCCCACACACAAUAUGUAAUGUUUGACUGACAGUUCUUCCGUCCUCUCUCCUCCCCCAUUCCUCCCAAUGAUAUCCCAUCAGCCACUGCUGAAAAAAACAAUCCUGGCAGCUCUCCUAGAGCAGCACUUGCUCCUUUCGCCGUUCUUGCCAGGGAACUCUGUAGCCAGUAUGAAGUCUACUCAGCGCAAUGGACACAGAGCCCGCCACACAGCACAACAGUUGUGCAGGAACUCUCCUCGGCACAGCGUUAAUAUUCUUCGUGGAGUGUUUUCCCAAAAAACUCCACCAUUGUGUGGAGUUUUCCCGCCAGACAACACUUUUCUCAACAGUAGUGUAAAAACUCCAUCAUGGAGUUCUAAAACCACCAUUGAGAAACAUGUCUAAACUGCGCCAUUGAAGGUAUUUUGUAAAAAACAAGAAUUGAUCAUAACUGGAGUAGUUAAGCUUGAACAGAAUUAGCAACGUUUUAUGAAAUUCUUAAGCCUCUUUCAUGGUACCAGUGUCAAUUAUUUUUGAAACUCAAAUUGGUUUGAAAAACAAGUGUUACUGUAAAACUACCUCUUGUUCAAAAUUGUGUAACUUAAACUUUUCUGCAAAUAAAAAAUACACUAUUUUGCUUAA